AUGUCUCUACCCCGUUCAAAUGAUACGGAAUUUCAAGCAAGCGCAGAUACUUCAACUCCGGAAAAGGCGCCUAAUAGCGAUGAUGUUAUUGUAGUUAACGAUGAAGAAGAAAAUCUCAAUGAUGAAGAAAAUAAUGAUGAAGUAAAUAAUGAUGAAGACAAUGCCCAUUACACUAAAAAGAAAAGAAAGAAGACAUCAACUGCUUGGGUUCAUUUUCGCACAAUAACUAAUGCUGAUCAAAAUGAAGUCCAUCAAUGUAUACACUGUGGUGAGAAAUUUAACAAGUUUAAGGAUGGAACAACCACACCAUUAAAUAGACAUAUAAAAAAGUAUUGCCCGAAAGUAAAAGCCGCAAGCAAAGGACAAAUGAAGUUGAAUAUUUCUUCUGGAAAAGCAUCAGGUUCUUCAUCAAUAGUGAAAAACUGGAAGUUUAGCAAUGUGAGGAUGAGGGAGGUUAUUUCUCAUAUGAUCAUGGUGCAUGAAUUGCCAUUUAAUUUUGUUGAGUAUGAGUUGUUCAAUGUGAUGAUGAAGGAAGCCAAUCCGGAAUUUGAGAAGAUCUCUCGUGCAUCAGUUCGACAAGAUUGUGUUUCUAGUUACAAACUUGGAAAGAAAAGAAUUCAAAAAAUGUUGAAUACUGUUAAUCGUGUGAGCAUCACAACUGACAUGUGGACAUCCGUUCAAAAUAUCCAUUACAUGGUAGUUACAUGCCACUUUGUAGACUCGGAUUUUGAUAUUCACAAAUGCAUAUUGAGUUUUGUAGACGUGCCUCCGCCAUAUUCUGGAGUUCAUAUCUAUGAUUGCUUGUUCAAGUGUUUAAAAGAUUGGAAUAUUGAGAUGAAGGUGGCUACUUUGACUGUGGACAAUGCUAAAACUAAUGAUGUGGUGGCUAGAAAGUUGAUGGAUAAUUUAAAUCUACAAAAAAAACUUCCUCUUGAUGGAAAGUUGUUUCAUGUGCGAUGUUGUGCGCAUAUUCUUAACUUGUUGGUUCAAGAUGGUCUAUCAGAAAUUCAAGAUAUAAUUCACAAUGUUCGUGAGAGUGUGAAACAUGUGGGUGCUUCUCCUGGGCGAUUACAUCUCUUUAGUGAGCUCACUAAACAAUUACAAUUAAAAAAAAGACAUCUUAUCUUGGAUGUCAGUACUCGGUGGAAUGCAACAUACGCAAUGUUGUCUACGGCUUUGGAGUUUAAAGAAGUUUUUGAGAAUUAUGCCGAUCGAGAAAGUACAUACACCAAAUUACCAAGUGGUGAUGAUUGGAAAAAAUGUAAAGAUGUUUGCUCAUUCUUGUCACUUUUCAAUGAGGCUACCAAAAUAAUUUCAGGUUCUGAGUAUCCAACUUCUAAUUUAUUUCUCAUUGAGUUAUACGUUAUAAAAGAUGCAUUGGAUACUGGCUCUACUAAUCUGUUGAUUUCUCUGGGUGCUGUUAUGGAUCCAAGAUACAAAAUGGAACUAAUUAAAUUAUCUUUCAAGACAAUUUAUUCUCCGGAGGAGGCUAAAGAAGAAGUACAAGUUGUUAAUGACAUUUUAGAGGAUUUGUUUACUGAGUAUAUUGAGGCACAUAAAGAAUCGAAUGUUGUUCGAACUGGUGGUGCAACUACUGGGAGUGGAAGCGAGAUCAGAUCCGGUUCUUCUAAGAGUUCAUCAAGCUUCAUGACUUCUCGAUUUGGUGAUGGUUUGAAAUCAGGUAGCGCUAUGUAUGCUCAACAUAUUAAAAGUCUUGAUACUGUUGAACGUGUGAAGUCAGAGUUAGCCACUUAUUUAGAGGAAGGAGUGUACAUUUGUGAGACGGGUGCAACUUUUGAUGUUUUGGGAUGGUGGAAAGAGAAUAGACUUAAGUAUAGAAUUUUGUCCAAAAUGGCAGCUGAUAUCCUAUCUGUUCCAAUAACAACUGUUGCUUCUGAAUCGGCUUUCAGCGCUGGUGGGAGGGUUGUUGAGCCACAUCGUUCUUGUUUAGGAACAGAGAUGGUUGAUAUGCUUGUUUGUGGAGCUGAUUGGUAUCGUCAUUAUUAUGGACUACAUAAAAAGAAAAUCAAGGAAAAUGACGAUAUUACAUACAUUGAGCUUGAAUGA